AAACAGCAAUUGAAUUUUGUAUAUAAUAAUACUUUCAAGUGUGUUGUUUAACGUUUGUUAAACAAUAGUAAACGUUUACCUGUUAUUUUUAAAUUUUACAUCGAAAACUCAUCGGACGAUAAGAAAAAAAAUCCCCAUUUACCCUAUUUAAAAAAAUAUAUAAACACAGGUAUAUAAAUCAGCAGAGAUAUAAACAAUUUAUUAGUUCUUACCAUUAAUAUCUACAGUUAAUUCAAAAAUCGCUCAAGAUGAGUAAAUUUGUCAUAAUUUUAAUAAUUGGUGCUUGCUUGGUUCAACAGAACUUGGGUGGCACUCAAUUGAAAUCUAGCAAAGAUGAGGCUAAGAAAGCAUUCCACGAAUUGAUGGAUGUAAUCGACAAAGCACUGACAUCAGCCCAAACCGCUUUGGAUAAAGCAGUGGAAGAAGUGAAAGCUGAAGCUGCUGAACUGGAAGGCAAGGCCAACAGCGAACUGGACAAGGUUCUGGAGCCUCUAAGGACAAAAUUGAACGACCUGGUUGCUGAGGCCACAGCCAAAGGUUUUGACGUAUCCACGUGUCAAAGCUACGUCGACGGUUUUUCCAACGUUCCAGACCAACUAGUGACCGAUUUGGGAGAAUGUAUCACCACUCAAGUCGAAAAGGCCCAAGGGUACGUGAACGAUGCAUUGACCAGCAUCAAGAAGAUCGAAGAAGACCUAAACACUAUUGAUUCUGACAUCGAUAACUGCGGUGGCAACGAAUUCAAAAAAAUCAAAUGCUACGCCAAGAUUAUCGAAGAAAUCGAGAAAGAUACUAAAGAUGCUCCAGCUCAUAUCGCAGAAGAUGUAACAAAGGCUACAGCAUUAGUAACCGAAAUUGUUCCAAUUUUGGAACAGUGCUUUACUGAUAAAUUGAAGAAAGCUGGAGAUGAUGCUACUAAAGAUGUGGCAGAUUUUGCAAUCUGUGCUGCACUUUGAUAUAUUUUUUGGAACGUACUUAAAUUAUCGUGAUUGAUUUUUUUAUAUUAAGAAAACAAUUAAAGAACCUUAACUGUAAGCAAUUAAAUUUAUGUUUUAGUAAAUGUUUAUA